GUCGUCUGCUGACGUGCGUCAGAUCUCAGACAGAACGGAGCGACCUGGUCACCGGCAGAAACGUCACUGGUGGCUGUACGAGAGCACAGCGACACCCCGAAGCGCGUGUAAAAAAAAAAAAGAUUUUCACAUGUGAGCACUUAGCAUUUUAAACCAGCCCCAAAAACGACAGAGAUCUGUUUUGGUUUCUUCUCCAAGAGGCGUGUUUUGGAGGUUGUCAGGCCAGCACAGAGCUACCGGUAUUCCUUCAGAAACUAAGGUAGGCUGUGACAACUGGGGGCUGUUUGAUAUUUCAUUCAGGCAAUGUAACAGUAAAGUCGACCUAAAUUCCGAAUGCUGUUCGUUCGUCGCUGGACCGUCAUCUCCAAACUCGUGUCUGUAAUGCCACAAUUCUCAAGGAGCAGCGCGCCUUUGGGCUAAUCCCAAUUCUCAUUCAUCAAAUAUCGUUUCUCCACCAAACCGAGGAUCUGAUAUUGUAGACGUCUGUCUGUAUAAAAAGGUUGUUUACUUUGCUGGGUUUGAUGUCAUUGAGCUUGUUUGUUGCUGGAUAAACCAACAGGGUAUCGAGCUUUCUAGUAAAUAAACACGCCGCCCAUAAACUUUCACGAAUUGAAGAAGGAAUACCCUACAGCCGUGGAAAAAUGAACUAUUUGGUUUGACUGGAAUACCCAACGGAUCUGAAGAGACUCCAGUGCGUCUGCAGGAUGUUCAGGCGAGGUGGAGGUGUGGAGCUGCUGUUGGUCCUGUGUAGUCUGGAGGCGUCGCUGUCGUGCCCGCACCACUGCAUCUGCUACACCUCGCCCAGCACCGUCAGCUGCCAGGCGCACAACUUCCUGACGGUGCCCGAGGGCAUCCCGGAGCGCAGCGAGCGCGUCUUCCUGCAGAACAACCGCAUCGAGCGCCUGCUGCGCGGACACUUCAGCCCCGCCACCGCCAUGCUCUGGCUCUACUCCAACAACAUCUCCUACAUCCAGCCCUCCACCUUCACCGGCUUCACCCGCCUGGAGGAGCUGGAUCUGGGGGACAACCCGCGCCUGCGCUCCCUGGCUGCCGACACCUUCCAGGGGCUCAGUCGCCUGCACGCGCUGCACCUCUACCACUGCGGCCUCAUCCACCUGCCCGCAGGCAUCUUCCAGGGCCUGCACAGCAUGCAGUACCUACACCUGCAGGAUAAUGAACUAGAGUUCCUGGAGGAUGACCUGUUUGUGGACCUGCUGAACCUGAGCCACCUCUUCCUGCACGGGAACCGUCUGUGGAGCCUGCACCAGAACACGUUCCGCGGCCUGGGAGCUCUGGACCGCCUGCUGCUGCACCAGAACCGGCUGCAGUGGGUGGACCGGCUGGCCUUCCACGACCUGCGGCGCCUGACCACGCUCUACCUGUUCAACAACUCGCUGACCGAGCUGCCGGCCGAGAGCCUGGCGCUGCUGCCCGCGCUCGAGUACCUGCGCGUCAACGCCAACCCCUGGGAGUGCGACUGCAAGGCGCUGCCGCUCUGGGAUUGGCUGCAGCGCUUCCGAGGCUCCACCUCCGCCGCCGUGUGCGUGGCGCCGGCCGAGCUGGAGGGUCGCGACCUCAAGCAGCUGCGGAAGGAGGAGUUGCCGCGCUGCACGAGCGGCGUGGAGUCGCUCAGCCAGGGGAAGGGGGGCGGGGGUGGGGGUGGGGAGGGUGGCGGAGGUGGAGGUGGAGGUCGGCGCCAUAACCAUCUGCUGCCCCCUAAUGGUCACCACCCGCAACACCAGAACCCCCACCUGCCCCACCAGGACCAGCAUGCACCCCCCUCCCCCCUUCCUGCGCCUGCCCCACGCCCCCCCACCAAAGCUGGGCGUCAGCGGAACUGCACUCGCCGCGGAGGGGGUCGCAAGGGCAAGGGUCAGAACGAAGUGACCUCUGCCAAGGAGGCAGGGGCCAAGGGGUACGACCCGGACGAGAGGGGGCAGAGGGGCAAGUACGACCCGUCCACCCCACAGGCGGGGGCUGCUGCCCCCGCGCGCCGGAAGCACAGGUGCCGCCCGCAGACUUCUGUGGGUCCCCCCAGCGGCGUGCAGCAGCCCAACAGUGGCGGGGUCAAAGGUCACGGAGUCAGCGUGGCCCUGAACGCCCUGAGCCUUGCGCUCUCCUACUGGGCCGUGGUGUUGCGCUGAGAGAACCUUAACACACACACACACACAUAACACGUGUAUAUGCGCUCACACAGACACACACACACACAUCAGCACACACACAUACAGUGCGCACACGUGAUGGUGUGUGUGUACCUUUGUUCCAUGUCUCAGUGUGUGCAUAGUGAGUGUUUGUGAGGUGCGCCCUCUGGUGGAGAGGAGCAGAGGUGUUAUGGACUUCAGAUGGACGGAUGGACAGUCCACCUCUAGAGGAGACAGGAGAUCUACAGCGCCCAGAGGAGGACCAGGAGCCUGUCUUACAUGCUUUCUCUCUCACUCUUACUCUCCCUCUCUAUCCCUUUCUCUCUCUCUCUCUUUAUCCCUU